AUGGCGCUGUUCGCCCCUCAAACUAUACAUCCUGGUCCCCAACCAUACUGCAAACCGAUGCCAGGCUCUGCGGAAUGGCCUUCACAGUCGGCCUGGCAAGCAUUGAAUGCCUCCAUUUCAGGUCGUCUCAUAGUACCUGUACCUCCUGGUCAAGUAUGUCAGCACAACAGCUCCUUCUACAAUGCUGCUGCAUGCGAAGAUGUUUACCAGGAAUGGUCUAAUUCGUCGUGGCAUGCUUCCGAUCCAUUCACUUCAGAUUACAAUGACGAAGCUUGCCUGCCCAGUAACCUGGCACCUUGUUCGGCGAAAGCAUAUCCUGCAUAUGUGAUCAAUGCCGCCCAGGUAAGUCAUGUACAGGCUGGGAUUAGGUUUGCCAAGGAGACGGGCGUACGAUUGAUCGUGAAAGGGACAGGCCAUGACAUCUCAGGACGGCCCCAGGCACUCUCUAUCUGGAUGCACAACAUCCGAGGCAUCAACGUCACCUUGAAUGGUUCUUGUGCAAAGAGUCACGGAGGCGUGGCUGCUGUCACCAUUGCAGCUGGAAUGCGUAUGCGUGAGAUAUAUGCGGCAGCAGCUGAACACAAUAUCACCAUUGUCGGUGGCGGAGACGUUGAUGUGGGUAUAGGUGGAUGGAUCACUGGAGGUGGUCACAGCCCUCUUAGCAGCAAAUAUGGUCUCGGUGCAGAUCAAGUGCUAGAGAUGGAAGUCGUCACGGCCAACGGCUCGCAUCUGACCAUCAACGAGACUUCCCAUCCUGGGCUUUUCUGGGCUAUGAGAGGUGGCGGCGGUUCCACUUUCGCCGUCAUGGUCUCUUUCACUGUCCGAGCUUAUCCCAGCAUCGGAGCAACGUGGUACACGUACAGCUACAAUACAACCGCCGACACUGAUACCUUCUGGUCCUUGCUCACCUUCUCCAUGGACAACUUCCAACUCUAUCGGAUCAGGGGCGCGGCAACGCCAACCCCCCAAGGUAUCAUUUACGGUAUAUGGAUCGUACCCGAGAAGUCUAUACAAGAAUCCAAGUCUAUCAUAGCUCCAAUGGAGCAGACCAUCAAUGACAACACCUUCGGCUGGGACGACCAAGUGGUUAUGGGAAUUCCACGCUCUAUCUUCCUGACUUUACAGAGUGUUGGAGAGAAUCUACGACUUGGAUCGAGACUGCUUGGCCGUCGAGCACUUGAGACUGACCCUGCCACCCUCAAGAAGCUUCUUAAGCAGACGACCACCAACCCGCAAAACGCCAUUUUGGGCUCUCUGGUCGCCGGUCAAGGUGUCAAGAAUGUGAAGAUACCCGGUGGUAGCAAUGCAGUCCUUCCUGCUUGGCGCGAUGCAUAUAUUCACUUCAUCCUCCCACGUGUUUGGCCGUUCUUGAACGAAACAGCAAAGAUUGCCACGACCAACCAGCUUCGCAAUGUGGAAGUUGCUGCUCUUCGCCUACUUGCACCAGACUCGGGAGCGUACGUUAAUGAAGCCGAUCCGACAGAGCCCAACUGGCAGCAGGCAUUCUGGGGCGCGAAUUAUCCACGGCUACUGCAGCUGAAGAACUACUGGGAUCCUACCAGCGUCUUCUGGUGCAUUCCAUGUGUCGGACACAGUGAGUGGGCUGUGGAGAGUAAUUCUAGCAUUGAAGGUGGGAUCGGGCAGACCCCAGGUCGGAUCUGCCAAGGCCUGGAUAGAUGGCGUCAGGGAAGGAUGAUGGCAUUGUUACGCCAUGCAAAAGGAAGUCUUAGAUCAUUCGACCUGUUCGAGGCUGUCGGGACCACGCCAUAUUGUCUGGAUGUACAACUGGUCGCAUUGACCUUACUUUGGGACGAAACCCGUCUCCGCGUAAACGCGGACGUUCGUACAAGCGCUGGUGAGUAUCACUACGUAUGUAUCGAGAAUGUGAUCGUUGAAGUCAUUUCAGUUGAUCCUCCCGAAUAG